CAUAUAAACCCAUUUGUGAAAAGUAAAAGGAGACACAUCACAAUUCACACAUUUCCUGCAGAUCAUUCCAUUCCUAGUAUAUACUCAUUUGAAAACUUAAAGGUUUCCGUCUUCUUCCCAUCAUCGUCUAUUCAGUAUUCACACCACAAAACACACAAACAGAGUAACAAUGGCUUCCAUUUACGAACACAAUCAACAAAAAGGUGUGAUGCUUGUUUCAGUGCACGCUAUUGGUUCACGAAACCCCAUGACAAGGCUGGCCAGACGUCUUGUUUUGAAAGGCCUCCAUGUCACCCUCGCCAUCAAUGACCUUGCCCUAAAAAACCACUCCUCCAUCGUCGGUGGCGUACACCUCGAGUAUUUUUCCGACGGCCUACCUGAAGAUCACGAUCGACUUAACGGAGACAUAGAUAUCUUCAUGAGCUCACUGCGUAGGUUUGGACCCGGAAACCUCUCCGCCUUAAUCGGAUCAUGUGGUCGAAAAUUCUCAUGUGUUAUAACCAUGCCUUUUCUUCCUUGGGCGGCUGACGUCGCGGCGGAGCUUGGGUUACCCUGCGCCAUGGUUUGGAUCCAAGCGUGUACAGUUUACCAGAUAUUUAACUGUUUUUACAAUCGAAUCAAUGAAUUCCCAACUGAAAAUAACCUUGAAAAUAUGGUCGUGAAUUUGCCUGGGGUUCCAUCGCUACGAGCGGAGGAUCUCCCGUCUUUCGUUCUUCCGGCGAAUACGAUGUCAACGUUCGAUAGCAUAUUGAAGGAAGUCUUUUGUAACAUUCACAAGUACAAAUGGGUGUUGGGGAAUUCGUUCAUGGAGCUUGAGAAAGAUGUGAUAAAAGCAGUGAAUGACGCCGGACUUCCGUUUUGGCCUGUAGGACCGAUUGUUCCGGCGAUCUGUUUAGGGGAGGAAGACACGAUCGACGGCGAUCUCAAGGGUUUAACUCUGUUUAAAUCCCCCGGCGAGAGUAAUUGUUUGGAAUGGUUAGACAAACACCCGCCGGCGUCAGUUGUUUAUAUCUCAUUCGGAACACUCCUGUUUUUAUCCCGGAAACAAAUAGAAAGCAUAGCAACUGGUCUGAAAAGUUCGAAGCGACCAUUUCUCUGGGUGGUGAAGCUGCCGGAAAAUCAAGAAACUCAAAAAGUUGAGAUCUUGGAAGAGAUCAAGGAACAGGGAUUGAUCAUGAGUUGGAGCCCACAAACAGCAGUGUUGUCACAUCCAUCAGUUGGGUGUUUUAUAAGUCACUGUGGGUGGAACUCACUGAUUGAAACUAUAACAGCCGGUGUUCCGAUGAUUGCUUGUCCACAGUGGACUGAUCAGCCAACGAAUGCAAAGCUUGUUACCGAUGUUUGGAGAAUCGGUGUGAAACUAAAGAAGAAUGUAGAAGGACUUUUUGAUGGGGAAGAAUUAGAAAGAUGCGUGGAAGAGGUUCUGACUGGGUCUGGAUCGGAGGAAUUCAGAAAGAACGCGGCGGAAUUGAAAAGGGCGGCGUGUGAGGCGGUGGCAGAUGGUGGCUCGUCGGACAAGAACAUUGAGUUGUUUGUAGACGGAGUGUCUUCUUCUUGCUCAUGAAAUUUAUGUAUGCAAUGCGAUGGUGUGCUUUCUGCAAUGAGGAUCUCUAGAGAAGUUAAGUUGAAGUCAUAACUUAAAGGCUCGAUUUAGAUUAAACAAAGGAGCUCAAAAGGGAAUAGAGGCAGCACAAUCUGGAAGAAAGGAAGAAUAAAAAGAUGUGAUUUGUAUCUUUUGUAUUUGUAAUUUUUCAAUCUGUGCGUCAAUUGUAAUUUAGCUUGUUUUUUUAAUUAAAGAUGUAUUUUAUUUCAUUUAUAAUGUGAAAUUUAAAAAAUUGAUGAAAUUAUAUAUAAAAUAUAUAUUUAUUA